AUGGAAUCUUUCAGCAAUACUCAAUCGUCAAGUGAUCUUCUUUUAAAAACAAUCAUUAUUUCUAAAGAUGAUGAAGAUAUUGUUUCAAAUUCUGACGAGAAAAAAAUAAAGCCAAGAAGAAAAACGUCAAAAAAUUCCGGACGUACCGAUGAAAAAACAAAAAGCAGAACAAGCAAACAUCGACUAUCAUUGGCACCAACUAAUCGAGAUAGAUCUGGAUCUGAGCAUUCUUCAAGAUCAUCUAAUGGAAAAUCAAGUGAUGGUGGUAAUUCAUCAGCAUUAGAAGAGCUAACAACGGAACGACCAAAUAAUGAUUAUGAACUUGAAAAAAAUCUUCAAAAAUUGCCGCGUGACAAGAAAAAAAGUAAUCAAAAGUCAAAAAAAACCAAAGAUAGCAAUUCUCAAAAGCCAAAACAAGCAGAAGACAACGUCGAAGUAACACUCGAAGAACAGUUCAUCUUUUUACAACAUGAAUAUCAAAAGAAUGAAUCUUUGGAAGAGAAAUUAGCAGAAAAUCAUGAAUUUGAUAACAUGGGUAUUAUGAAUCUAUCUGCAAUGAAUUUAACUGAUACUGAUAUGCCAUUGAUUAUACAACGAGCUUUGCAAAAGAAAACAAAAUGUACUGGAAUCCUAUUGCGUGAUAAUGGAUUGACAUCACUUGGUGUAAAAAUACUUGUCGAUGCUCUACUUGCGACACCGAAAAAGUUAAAAUAUCUCAGCUUCUCUAAUAACACAGCUAUAGGAGAUGUUGGUGUUCAACAUUUGAUUCGUUUAUUAAAAGCCAAUCGAUCAAUCACUUUUCUUGCCUUACCUAAUACAGGUAUGACAGAUCAAAGUGUUCGUCUACUAGCCGAUGUACUUGGUGAUACUGAUGGAGAUUCAUCGUGUUCACCUCUUGAAAAAUUGCAUAUAUCCUUCAAUAAAUCGAUUACUGAUGAAUCACUCGCAGCUCUCACUCAAAUACUUGAACGAAAUAAAACAUUGAAGGAAUUUGCAAUCCAACACUGUAGUUUGUCUGAAGAAGCUCGAUAUCAAUUGAGACAAACAAUUACAGGAACGAAGAAGAAAAAACUUAGUCUUACAGAGUGA